UGCUGUUCUUCUCCUAACUUAGAUAAGCAUCAUCUCUUUUGGCUCAUCACUGGCCCCAGGUUUUUGAAGAAGCUGUGGUGGAUAUUUUAUGGACUCUAACUAACGAGGUUUCAAAUUACAAAAAUGGAAACAGACAGCAUCAGUAAAGCUUCACAAAAUGGCACCACAGACAAUGUCGGCCCCUCAGAGAAAAAGCGACCAGAGAAAGCAGCAAUGCUUCAACAAGAUAUUGGUUUGCUGAGUGGCAUUUCCAUGAUUGUGGGAACAAUGAUUGGCUCAGGGAUCUUCAUUUCUCCUAAAUCAGUGUUGCUGUACUCAGGAGCUGUGGGUCCCUGUCUCCUCAUCUGGACUGCCUGUGGAGUAUUAGCCACUAUGGGAGCCCUUUGCUAUGCUGAACUUGGUACUAUGAUCACCAAAUCCGGGGCAGAGUACUCCUAUCUAAUGGAGGCUUUCGGCUCCAUUGUUGCCUACCUUUACUCUUGGACCACUGUUAUGGUGCUGAAACCUUCCUCAUUUGCCAUCAUCACUCUUAGCUUUGCAGAAUAUGCCUCUGCUCCUUUUUACCCUGACUGCACCCCUCCUCUCGUGGUUAUCAAGUGCCUGGCAGCAGCUGCGAUAAUCAUAAUCACUAGUGUGAACUGUUUGAGUGUCAAACUAGCAAGCUACGUGCAGAACUUUUUUACUGGGGCCAAACUUAUUAUCAUCGUCGUCAUUGUGGUGGCUGGCAUCGUUCUGAUGGCUCAAGGUAAAACAGAGAACUUGUCAAAUACAUUUGAAGGCUCAUCCACAUCUUUUGGUGCAAUUGGACUUGCCUUUUAUAACGGACUUUGGGCUUAUGAUGGAUGGAAUCAACUGAAUUUCAUCACUGAGGAGUUAAAAAACCCAUUCAGAAAUUUGCCUCUGGCCAUCAUCAUUGGAAUCCCUUUGGUGACUGUGUGCUAUGUGUUUGUUAACAUAGCUUACUUUACUGUUAUGACGCCCUCUGAACUGCUGUCGUCUUCAGCUGUUGCAGUGACUUUUGGGGACAGAGUCCUUUACCCUGUGGCUUGGAUAGUUCCUCUGUUUGUGGCCUUUUCAACAUUUGGUUCUGCAAAUGGAAGCUGCUUCACUGCUGGCAGACUGUCCUAUGUAGCUGGUCGAGAGGGACACAUGGUGAAAAUCUUAUCCUAUAUUAGUUUGAGACGCUUCACUCCUUUACCUGCUCUCUUAUUUAACGGGAUUUUAGCAAUAUUCUACAUUAUUCCUGCAGACAUCAAUACUCUGAUAAACUACUUCAGUUUUGCUCAGUGGGGCUUCUAUGGUCUGACAACUCUGGCUCUAAUUGUUAUGCGUUUCACCCGGAAAGAUCUCGACAGGCCUGUGAAGGUGCCCAUGGUCAUAGCUGGCAUCGUAACCUUGGUGUCCUGCUACCUUGUCUUGGCCCCCAUCAUCGAUAAGCCUGAGUGGGAGUACCUUUACUGCACCAUCUUCAUCUUCAGUGGACUCAUCCUUUACUUCCCAUUGGUCCACAAGAAGGCAAACUGGGCACGCAAAAUCAUGAGGCCCAUCACCAUGCAUCUCCAGCUGCUAAUGGAGGUAGUUCCACCAGAGAAAACCGAAUAAGAAGGGACAACCUGUUCAGAUGAACUCUUUUGGGAUCUCCUGCAGCAUUUUGGACUUUAUCAGGAGAAGAUCUGGUGCUUGUAAAUGAUACUGUCAAACACAAGAACAUAUUCUGUUUGAAAAGCUAUCCCUAUGUUAGGGAGAAUGAGUUGAAACAAUCACGAUUUAUAAUAAUUUAUGAGUUUAUCAUUGCAUGUUAUACAAUAGAAGGUGAGGGCUGAUAGAAAAAGAUGACUAGGCUAGAGUGUUGUUCUCAUAAGUCAUGGUUGUGCUGCAUUGAACAGUGGAAGAGUAAGCUUCCACCCCAGUUUCUCACCACAGACUUUGAUCCUGCAACUUUGCACUAAUGCAGAAAAAACAUACUUAUUGUCAGUUUUAUAAAAAAAUUACUGUGUUGUUGAUCAUGAACUUGUGAACCAGGAUAGCCUGAAAAUAUCAGGCAUAGUUCAGAAAUUGUCUUUAUGCUUCAUACCGACAUAUUUCUCUCUGUGUGAUAGAUUUUUAUUUUUCAUUCUGCUUUUUUCAAAGCCAGAAUGAAAAAUAGCUGCUACACCCUUAUGGAUUUACACGUCCGUACAGGGAUGCCAUUUAAUUUUGUUAAAAUGAAUCUACAAAUGAGGAACAUGAGGGCUUCAGCAUCAUUUCUUCAGGAGGUUCUUUUUCUCUUAUUUGCCAGUUUGAAUUGAAUUAUCAAAUUUUAUCUUUAAAAAUGCGUUUCGUAAAACUUUCUUUACUGUUAAGUUAUAAUGUCUUUAGACUGAGAGUAUUGUGAUACCUGCUGUGUAUUAAAGUUUUAAUCUUUUCAAACACAAA